AUGGCAGACCCAACACCCUCUCCUGAGCCCGGGCCAGGCGGGAAAGGCUAUGGCAUUCAAAUUGCGUUCGUAUUCCAUUCGCAGCUUUACCUCGCGCAAUACCGUACAUUAUCAGGUCGCGUCGAAGAGAAGCAUACUACGACCUCCAAAUCCCCGCGAGACCCAUCGGACGCUAUUGCAAGCAUAGAAGCCCAUCUACUGAGCGUCGACGAAGUAUACACCCGGUAUUCAAGUCAUCCUACAGUCGGAUUGGAGCUUGCCGCUGUUCGUCGCAAGGAGCGUGAUGGCAAGAAUACCAUUAGUCCCCCACCUACCGUCUACUGGAAGAAAUCGCUCAAUUAUAUUUUUGGUGGCUUCAAUUUUCUCAUGUGGAUUGCGUUCAUCUUGACCAUUCUCUCUUAUCAACCACUCGGGCCUCCUACACCUUUCGUUCUUGGUGUUGCCAUACUGUUGCUCCUCGUCAUCAUCGUUUCUGCUGCAUUCUAUGCUUUGGUCGAUUGGAAUGCGAGCAGGAUCAUGAAAUCCAUAAAAUCUCUAAUUGCUCACGAGGCUGCGGUCAUUAGGGACGGAAAGCAGCAAAUAAUCCAAGCUGCUGACAUUGUAGUUGGCGAUGUUGUCGUCCUCAAUGCUGGCGACCGUGUCCCGGCCGACAUGCGUGUUGUGCAGGCAUCAUCUGACCUUCGCUUUGACCGCUCUCUCCUGACGGGUGAAAGUGAUAUGAUCCCAGGAGCUAUUGAUGCGACAUCGGACAAUGCUUUGGAGACUCGUAACCUCGCGUUGAAUUCCACUUUUGUCGUACAAGGGACUUGCAAUGGUGUCGUGUUCGCCACGGGAGAUAGGACUGUCAUGGGACGUCUCGUCAAGAUGUCGGGAGAAACAAAGUUCAAGCUUACCACCAUCCAAAAAGAAGUGUGGUAUUUCACCAAGAUCAUUUCAUGUCUCGCCCUCUUUUUCUUCUGCUUGUCGCUUCUCCUAUACGGUGUUUGGUUGCGGACAUCGUAUCCUGGGUUCCUCACAACGUCUCUUGCCAUUGUGAACUCGAUUGGCUGCUUGACUGCUUUCGUCCCACAAGGUCUCCCGAUUUGCGUGGCACUCUCAUUGACUGUUAUCGCCCGUCGCAUGUCUAAGCGUCAGGUCUUGGUCAAGAAUCUGGCGACCAUCGAGACGUUAGGAUGCAUGUCUGUUUUAUGUUCUGACAAGACAGGUACAUUGACUGCGGGAAAGAUGAUGGUAGAGAAUAUUGCCUUCCUCGAUGACGUAUUUGGUGUCGAUGAAAUCAACGACAGAGUCACAAAGGCAUCGGACCCCACCGUCUUUACUGCGUUCAAGGCGCUCCAUCAGAUCGCGAGGCUUUGCAACGGCGCGAAAUUCGACGCAUCGACUAACCACCUUCCUGUGCAUGAGCGUGCGAUCAAGGGUGAUCCGACUGAUACCGCUCUUUUGCGUUUCUCCGAGGCCCUUUCAAUACCAGAGCUUGGUGUGGAAACCAACACUCUUCAGGAAACUCAUCAGAAGCGGUUUGAGAUCCCUUUCAAUUCUCGCAACAAAUGGAUGCUUUCCGUGUUCUCCCAAGCUCCAACCGCUGAAAAGAAUGAAGAGUCGACCUGGAUGCUUGUCAAAGGAGCUCCUGAUGUCUUGUUCCCCUCCUGCAGCACUGUGGUACAGAGUGACGGGACGGUCAUCCCGUUAACAAGUAGGGCGAGGCAGACAUUCGCUACGCUUCAAGAGGACUGGUCAAGCCGAGGUCAACGAGUACUCGUGUUAUGUAGGAAAUCCAUAGAAGCAAUCAAGACUGGACUUCCACCGAACGAUGUAGAGGACCUCAUGUACAUGGAGAUGUGCGAUCUAACCUUGGUUGGACUGAUUGGAAUUUGUGACCCUCCUCGUCCGGAUGUGGCGCCAUCGAUUUCCAUCAUUCGACGGGCUGGAGUUCGAGUCUUUAUGGUCACUGGUGAUUUCAAGCUCACUGCUCUAGCUAUUGCACGACAGGUUGGUAUCAUCACCCAGCACGUUGUUGACACCAUCCAGGAGGUCCGAGCCGCUGCUUCUGAGAAGGUCGAGCCGAAACAACUUUAUCUGAUCAAGCCAUCCGAUGAUGAUCCUGUUCGCUCCCUGGUUCUUACUGGGGAAGAUGUCGCAACUCUCACUUCAUAUGAUUGGAAUGUCAUCGUUGGGACCUACACGGAGAUCGUAUUUGCACGCACUACCCCUGACCAGAAAAUGCGAAUUGUAGAGGAGAUCAAAGCUCGCGGAGAUAAUACUGUCGCAGUCACUGGAGAUGGUGUCAAUGAUGCGCCAGCUCUCAAAGCUGCCGAUAUUGGUGUUGCGAUGGGUAGUGGCAGCGACGUGGCCAAGGAAGCUGCCGCCUUGAUCUUGUUGAAGAACGACUUUGCUUCCAUCCCUGUCGCGAUCCAGAUGGGUCGACUAGUGUUUGAUAACCUGAAGAAAGUCACACUGUACCUCAUGCCUGCUGGAAGCUAUUCGGAAUUCAUGGCGGUCGUCACGAACGUAUUGUUAGGCAUGCAGAUUCCCAUGAACUCGUAUCAACAAGUCUGCUACUGCAUCACCAAUGAUGUUAUCAUGUCCAUUUCACUGAUGUAUGAGAAACCGGAGUGGGAUUUGAUGCAGCGCAAACCGCGUAAUGCCAGGACCGAUAGGCUUACGGAUUGGCGUCUUUUCUUCCAUGUCUACUUGUUCUAUGGACUGAUGCUAUGGCCCUGCGCGAUGGCAAUGUGGUUCUUGUACAUGAAACAGCAGGGCCUUACUUUCUACGAGGUCAUCUUGACUUUCAACCUAUGGGGAGAUGGCUGGCAAAACUACUCUGCCGAUCAACUAGCACAGUUCGUCGAUGUUGGUCAAUGCAUUUACUAUGUGACUGUGGCCAUCGGACAGUACGGGACUCUCCUGUCGGUUCGUAACCGCCGAGUAUCGAUACUCCAGUCGAAUCCUCUGUGGGGCCCGCGCCGCAACUUGCUAGUACUUGUUGGCAUGACGGGCACGGUAUUGAUCUGUAUCGUGAACCUCUACGGACCUGGCUUCCAGAAUGUGUUCCUCACAAGGCCGAUCCCUGGGAUGUUCUGGGGUCUUCCGUUUACCUUUGCGCUGGGGAUCUUGCUCAUGGAUGAAACUCGCAAAGCUAUCGUGAGGAAAUACCCGAAGUCUUUGAUUGCGUGGCUGGCAUGGUAG